GCCUCUAACUUCACGUAUAUUGUAUAUAUACCCAUGAGGGUGGCGGAAUGAAGGUGCAAAUUUGGGUAGCAGCAAUGGAGAAACAGCCACCGCUGUCCAUCAAAAUUAUUAGAGAUGACAAUGUGGAUCAACCUGACGACAUGGUUAUUCAGGUGAUGGAGUGUCUGAAUGAACCUGGGUUGGAUUCUCCUGCCAUCAAACAUUCUAUCUACAAACUACCAUUCUUCAUGAGACGAACUCACUCCGAAGCUUUCAACCAAGCUUUCGAUCCCCAGGUGGUGUCAUUUGGGCCAUACCACCAUGGGAAGCAACAUUUGUCACCCAUGGAACGGGAAAAGGCUAAAGUGUUCGACUCUCUUAAAACCGGAGGCCUGCCCGUUGAAGCCAUUGUGAGUUGUGUGUCCACCAUUUUGUAUGACCUCUUGGAAUCAUACGACAGGCUUGAGGAAGAAUGGACGCAACAUCCCGGGAAGUUCUUGAAGCUCAUGAUUGUGGAUGGGUGUUUCAUGCUGCAGUUGUUCUGCAACUGCCCCACAUCUCUAAGUAACAUGAAGAUGGAUAUAAGGCUGGACACGCUGCUGCUUGAGAAUCAGCUACCCUUGAAGCUUCUGCAUAAGCUGUAUUCUAUAGCAGGCCCCAUCUUCAUCUCACAACAACCCAAGGCAACUUACUUCAUCUCCCCCUUCUUCUUCUUCUUCUUCUUCUUCUUCCACUUAUAUACUUCAAAAUGCACACUGGAGCUAAAAUCGGUGGUUUGCAAUUGGUUGGGCAUCUCCACGAACAAUCUGGUCCAAGAAUUCUUGCACGUUUUAGACAUGUAUAGGGCCUCACUAGUGUGUACUCAUGUAGACUGGACGAACUGGAAUCAGAAGAAGGAGCUUUCAGGCGCGGAGUGUCAAGUCAUUCCGCCCGCAACAGAGCUUCGUGAAGCGGGGAUGAGAUUCAAGACGAGCGGGACGACUAGCCUUGGGGACGUGAAGUACGAUAAAAAAAACGUGAUGGCAUUUGAGAAACUGAAUCCACUCUGCCCGUCUUGA